GCACAGUUUUUGUAUUAUUUGCAAGUAAUCUUUAAGGGUAGGGUGCGUUGCCAUUGAAAGAAUACUUCGCCACAAGGGUUCAUGAGGAAUUUUUUGGUACUAAUCGAUUUGUGAGAUUCACGAAACUGUUGGGGUUCUAAAUUUUUGCAAUUCCUACUUGAGGCAAAUAUUCAAGCAAACAAAGAAAUUAGACAAGAGGUUCCCUUGUUUACGUCUUUUCUUUUAGUUCGCCAUGCAAGGCUAUUUCCCCUGCCACUAUAUUCGUGUACUCUCAUGGUGGCUUCUUCAGCAUGGCGAGCGCUGUUCAUCUGGCGUUUCUCCACGGGAAUUCCUCUCUCCUCCUCGCUGCCCUCGCACCGCUUCAUUUUUGAGGAAGGGCAGCAGCGCCGGAUCCCUGCUCGGCCAAUCAGCGAUGAGAACUUUUGGUGGGGGUUGCCGGGAUCGUUGUGAGGCCGCGCCGUUGACGAUUUCUCUCCGCGCUUCUCACGCGAACGCUGUGGAAGGUGGUGGUGGGUAUUAUCGGCUGGCGCGUGCGAACCAAAUCGCGCUUGACGAGUGCGUUUAUGAGGUGCAUACGAAGCGUGGUGGCGGCCCUGGUGGGCAGGGCACGAAUAGCUCGAGCAGCAAGGUGGAGCUGCGGGUUGACAUGGAGAUGUUAUCUGGCUUCUUUGAGGAGGAAAUAAUGAAUCAGAUUCGGAAAAAUGAAAGCCAGAAGGCGUUGACAAGGGACGGGAUGACGCUGGUUGUAAGCUGCCACGAGCACCGUAGCGCGUUUCAGAACAAAGAGGCUUGUAUCCAAAAAGUGAAGAAGAUUAUUCAGAAGGCCUCAUGGGUUCCACUUGUGGAUGCCGAGCUGAUCCAGACACCCUCACAUACGAUUUCUCAAUCGAAAACAGCGCGACGAAUAAAAGGCAACUUCGGUAAGAUGCGGCGAGUGGCACGUAAAGGUCUUUGGUGA